CUUUCUGUAAACACUGUCUUUUUGUCUCACCAUUUUUUAGCAGAAUUGUAGAGUAGCCUGAAACAGCAGCGCUGUAAAUGACGAUGAUUCCAGGAGUAGAACUUGAAGAUCCACCUAGAGAUCUAAAAUUUGAACACCAAACACUGUUUACCACUGAUUGCAUACAAUUUCUUGCAGAGCUUAUCACAACAUUUGACUGUAAGGUGGAGAAGGUUUUACUGCAAAGGGCAGCCACAAAAAUCCAUUUGGACGUGUCUGGAGACCUCCCUGAAUUUUCAAGUCUCACCUCACACAUCAGAGAUGACAAGGAGUGGAAGAUUCUUCCUGUACCAGAGAGACUGCAGAACAGACACGUGGAUGUGGGAGAUCUUGCACCAUGUGACACUGAGCGUUUUCUUAAAGCUUUGAAGUCAGAUGCUCAGGGAAUACAGGUUGACUUUGAUGAUGGAAAUUGUCCAACAUACUCCAAUCAAAUUAAAGGGCUAUUUAAUGUUUAUAAAGCAGUCCGACAUCAUUUCAAAGAUGCACCUCACAUCUCAGAAGCUCCAGUGUUAAUGCUGAGACCCCGAGCUUGGAAUAUGAUUGAACACAACAUGAUGGUACAAGGAAAGGAGGUUCCAGGUGCUUUGUUUGAUUAUGGUCUGUUGGUGUACCACAAUGGCAAACUACUAUUUGAGAACAAAAGUGGCCCAUUCUUUUAUUUGUCUAAGAUUGAAAGUCACCAUGAAGCAAGACUGUGGAAUGAUAUUUUUGCUUGGACUGAAGAAAAGCUGGGCUUACGACGUGGCAGUAUUAAGGCCACUGUCUUAAUAGAAAAUGUUUUGGCUACAUUUGAGAUGGAUGAAAUACUGUAUGAGCUCCGUGAACACACUCUCGGCCUAAACUGUGGAAUUUGGGAUUACUCUGCAUCUUUUGUCAAUAAGUUUGGUAAUCAUUCAGCAUUUUUGCUUCCUGACCGCAGUAAAUAUGUGAACAUGGAGAAGCCUUUUCUGAGAAGCUACAUGGAAUUACUGGUACAGACAUGCCAUAGACGUGGGGCAUUAGCCACUGGAGGCAUGACGGCUGCAAUACUUCCCAGUGACAAGGGAAGCUCCCAGUACCACAGUAUACUUGAAAAGGUCACCAGGUUAAAGCUUCUGGAAAUCAAGGCGGGUAUUGAUGGGUUUCUAGUGUACGAUCUUGAAUUGAUAAAACCACUGCAAGAGCUUUUCCUACAGCACACAAAUGGAAAAAAUCAAUUAGAUGUUCUGCGGGAAGAUGUGUCUGUAACGCGUACAGAGCUGCUCACCAUGCCUUCAGGUGGUGUCACUCUCCAUGGACUCAAAUAUAACAUAGAAGUGGGCAUCCUGUUUGUGGCAUCAUGGCUUACAGGUAAAGGACAUUUCAUCUAUCAAGGUCAGGUGGAAGAUUCAGCCACUGCAGAGAUCUCCAGAUCUCAGGUUUGGCAGUGGGUUCGUCACCAGGUCACUUUGGAAGAUGACAGCAGGAUGGUAACCCGAGGUCUAAUCCGAGACCUUGUUGAGGAGGGGAUUCGAGUGAAGCUUGUAGAUUUUCUACAGAGUAACACAACCAAAGACAAAGAGCGGCUCAAUACAGCCAUUUCCAUAUUCCUGGAAGUUGUGCAGAAGCGGGACUUCCCAGAGUUCAUUACCACUUAUCUUAACCUGGAGCAUACUUUUCUUGCAAGCACUGCUGAAUAGAAUUUUUUUUUUUUGUAAAAACAAGUUGGCACACCAGAAAAACAAAGCCAGCAGAUGUUCAUAUUUUUCUUCAAGUUGUCCAUGAUGCCGCAGCUCAAUCCUAUCCCACCUUCAGGAGGCACAACACAAGAGCCUGCACUGCACGGGACACUCACACUGGUCACCGCAGAGUCUGCAAACUGAGAGAAAAGCUUUGUUGGCACAGGGAAAACCUGGAAGGGGGGCCGCCGGUGCUUCGGGGGCUUCUGCAAUGCGAUGGCUCCAAUGUUUUGGAAAAAUCAAAACAAAAACAAGCAGCUUUGAGUGAGUGCAUGCGAAGCAAAAUAUGAAAACUAAAUAAAAUGAAUUGAUGAAAAUUCCUGCAGGCAACAUUGUGUGUCUUCUGUC